AAUCUUAUUUGAUCCAAUUAAAAUUACCAUCGCAGUUUACCCCUAAAUCUUACAGUCGAAAACCCUAGUGCAUCUUCCUAAUCGAUUGUUCAGCGACAACCCCAAAAUCCGUAAUCCGCUUCUAAUUGUGAGUGUAACUGGAGCUCGGAUGAAUCAGUUUUAUCCACGUUUCUGAAUUGCGAAGAAUUCGGAGAAGCUCCAACGUUCUUCAAUGGCGGGAGGUCAGUCGGAGAGAGAAGACAAAGUUUCAUUAGAACUGACGGAGGAAAUCCUUCAGAGUAUGGAAGUUGGAAUGGCGUUCCGCGACUAUAACAUUUUAAUUUUGUGGUUUGGAUGUAUGCUCAGCUGCUCUAGAAUGGAAGAAUCAGUUCAAUGGAUUUCCAUAAGACAUCAGGUUAUUUGGUAACUGCUAGCGAUGAUGAAUCCAUUCGUCUCUAUGAUGUUGCUAGUGCAACAUGUUUGAAGACAAUAAACAGUAAAAAAUAUGGAGUUGAUCUGGUUAGCUUUACCUCUCAUCCUACAACUGUUAUUUACUCGUCAAAGAAUGGCUGGGAUGAAUCACUACGACUUCUUUCGUUGCAUGAUAACAAGUACUUGAGGUACUUCAAGGGUCAUCAUGACAGGGUUGUUUCGCUGAGUCUCUGCUCCAGAAAUGAUUGUUUUGUUUCUGGGUCACUGGAUAGAACUGUAUUGCUUUGGGACCAAAGGGCUGAGAAAUGUCAGGGUCUUCUACGUGUUCAAGGGAGACCAGCUGCAGCUUAUGACGAUCAAGGACUUGUUUUUUCUGUUGCCUUUGGAGGAUACAUAAGAAUGUUUGAUACUAGGAAAUAUGAAAAGGGCCCUUUUGACAUAUUUUCUCUUGGGGGAGAUGUUUCAGAAGCCAAUGUUGUGAAGUUCAGUAAUGACGGAGGACUUAUACUCCUGACGACGUCAAAUGGACAUAUUCAUGUCCUUGAUUCCUUCCGUGGAACCCUUUUGUCGACACACAAUGUCAAGCCAGUUUCAAGCAAUUCUACUUUGGAGGCUUCUUUCAGUCCCGACGGAACGUUUGUCAUAUCAGGUUCUGGAGAUGGUAGUGUUUACGUUUGGAGUGUUCGGAGUGGAAAAGAGGUUGCCAGUUGGAUGAGUACUGAAGCAGAACCACCUGUAAUCAAAUGGGCUCCAGGAAACUUAAUGUUUGUAACUGGCUCUUCUGAAUUAUCCUUUUGGAUACCCGACUUAUCUAAACUCGCAGCUUACGUUGGAAGGAAGUAGGAAUUUCCAGUGGUCGCUUCUCUGUGCUUUGCCUGCAUGUAUGUGGUGUGCUGUGCUUUUACUCGGUAAUCCAACAGAAUGACAAGCGAUUUCUUAUUCACUGAACUGCUUAUCUGCUGGGACAAAUCAGCAUGAAGAGAUGGAGAUUAUGAACUAUUGCUGCAUCAGCUCCACGCGAGGAAUCAAAUCAGUUGUAUAUGCUUUCAUUAUUCUUCCAUCUCAUGGCUGACACUUGAAAUCUGGAGCAUGAGGGGGGUUGAGGAUUGUCCGAGCAGUAAGUUAUCUUGGAGCGUUUAGAUAGGUAUUUUACUUGUGAAGACUUGUUUGGGUUCUAAUUUACACCUUGCUUGCUACUUCUAAUUGUGUAUAUGCAUACAAUGUGUCUCUGGGCUGUGUAUCACUCAUUUGUUUUUGUUAGGCGAUCUAAUCAUAGUUUUGAAACAUGAAUUGCGAGUGUAUAACUGCCUCGACUAGCCAGAGAAUACACUUAUAUGUUUCCAAUGUACUUGUACCUGAUGAGAGAGAGAGAAUAUGGGAACCAAAUCUUGAUGGA